AUGGAGCUAGGGACCAGACUUUCUGGCAAACUUACAGCGGAAGAAGAGAUGCUCUGUCGUUUCGAGCUCUCCACAAUGAAUGCAGCAGGUAUUGUCAAAAGGCCUCUGUUUAGGAGAUUCUCACAAGGGGAUCUUUUAGAGCUCUGGAGAUAUGAUAGCCCGUUUUGCUGUGUAUUCACCGGAUUUAGAUGGCAACCAGAUGUAAUCGUCUUGUGCUCCUCUUUGACUAGGCCGGAUGCUCAUGAUCAUUGGUUUGGAGGGCCUAGAGGUCGUAUCGGAGAGUUGUUCCACCAAGAGGUCUCUGCCAAUGAGGACUCCUCUCCAGCCAUGCGAACGAUGAAGUGGAGGAUUCGCCAGCUGAGUUUAGCUAGCAAUGCAUCAUUGAAGCUUUGUAUAUCGAAGCCAAGACCUCCAGAGCUUUUAGACUUUUUCAUCUUUGUCCAAGAGGUCCAACUCAUCUUCUGCACACCGGGCGUUUGGUCCCACCAGAAGCGCGUGAGGGCAGAUUGGAUCCGUUUGCAGAGGCUAACCGGGAUCUUGAAGCAUGACAUAGAGUAA